GACCUUGAUCGGCUCCGCUGUCUCCUCGAAGUACAAUAAUUUCAACCUGUGUAGUACGAUAAUAUGGCCAAAACAAUCUGGCAACGCUGGUGGCGACCGUCAACAUUGUCAGGCCGCUGUGGGAGAGUCGAGUCAUUGGUAUCUACUUGAAAGUGAUCGUAAAGAAGGUGACGUGAAGAAAGGAAGGCAAGAUAUCAAGGAAGGUGGUCCACCCCACAGCCUGCCAGUCAUGACUGAGCUGUCUUCUUGCGUCGAGAGUCUGCUAGAAAAUGAUCCCGAGCUAGCAGAGGGAGCCGUGGACGUUUUAAUGAAGGCAGGUGACAAACUCAUUCUCCCACAAAGUGACCCUCUGGACAACCUGCGCCUCUACCGUGAACAGCUGAUGCACUUAAAGACAGACCACCUGAAGAAGGCAGCAUGUGGAACUCAGCAACAGUCAACAGUCAAUACUCUACCUGUUCUAAUGGCAUCAGAGACUGAAGUGAAGUCUAAUCUGGUUUCUAAUUUUGAGAGAGUCCUUGUGUAUGAAAGCCCUGCACUCCAGGAGAAGGCAAGGCAGCUGCUGCCUGAACAAAGGCUACAUGAACUAGCAAGAAAUACUUUAUCCUCAAUAAAUAAGGACAUUGGUGAGAAGGAGAAACCACUUGAUUUCCAGGAUUGCUUGCUGAUACAAUUGCUGGAGUGGUUCAAGAAUAGCUUUUUCACCUGGUUUGAUUGCCCCUCCUGUCCAAUGUGUCACAAGAACAUGACCAUGGUUGGGAGUCUGCCUCCAACUGAGGACGACUUGGUGUGGGGUGGAAGUAGAGUAGAAGGAUAUGCAUGUUCAAGUUGCAACACAUCAGAACGCUUUGCACGGUACAACCAUCCAGGCAAACUUCUUGAGACAAGGCGGGGCCGGUGUGGUGAGUGGGCCAACUGCUUCACCCUCCUGUGUCGCACUCUGGGAAUGGAUGCUAGGUAUGUUUUAGAUUUCACUGACCAUGUGUGGACUGAGGUUUACUCCCAGUCCCAAGGGAGAUGGCUGCAUGCUGACUGCUGUGAGAACAAGCUAGACAGUCCCUUGAUGUAUGAGUGUGGCUGGGGCAAGAAACUCACCUACAUUUUUGCCUUCUCCAAAGAUGAGGUUGUUGAUGUCACAUGGAGAUACACCAGCAAGCAGAAGGAGGUGAUGAAGAGACGGAACAAGUGUAGAGAGAAGUGGCUUGUGUCUACACUAUUAAAUAUGAAUAAGAAGCGACAAGAAACAUAUGCUCCCACAAGGAAAAACUUCUUGGAGCUGCGGCUUGUGGCAGAGACAGCACAGUUCCUGGGACAAAACCACACCGUUAAGGAAUCGGAGAAGCAAGGGAGGUCUUCUGGAUCCCUUGCAUGGCGUUUGUCAAGAGGGGAAACUCAGGCAGCUUCUGUUUCUGGCUACACUUUCCACAUCAACUCAAGUGAGGAGAUGAAGAAGGAGUUUGUAGUGAAGUACUCACCAGCACAAGACCAGUAUAUCAGGCUGAAUGCUGAGGAAGCAAUACCAAAAGGCUGGCAGAGUGGAGUUAAUGCUGCCAAGAAUAUUUCCAGAAAAAGGGAGGCUGACUGGAAGAUGGUGUAUCUGUGUAGAACUGAAGGGUCCCCAGAAGGAGAAGUGAGCUGGGUGUUUGACUGGUCACACACAAACCUGAAGGUCACGUCAGCACUUGUAGUGUUCCAACAUACCACUUAUGAGGAUGGGUGUGUGGACUGGCAGUUGUGCACAGGGGAUGUGUGUGUCAGUGGACCCAAAGAAGGAGUACUGGAGCUCACAAAGGAUGUACUUGAGCGUGGAGCCAAGAAGCUGGAAUUGUCAGCUGUUCUCACCAAAGGACAAGGAGAUGUAGCUUGGCAACAUGCUCAGCUCUUUCGCCAGCCAGACUCCUCAACAGAGUUCCCAUUUUAUGUCCGCCUGAGGUUUGGCUAGGUGCCUGUAGAAGUGGUUGCAUUAACUGAUAUUUUGAAGGUAUAUCUCGCUGCUUUGCAUUUCUUAUUUUGAGUGAUUGGUGUAUGUUGAGACUGGCUGUAUUAAUUUUGUCUUUUUAGGUAUUCAUGAUUAUUAUUAUUUAUUUAUUUAGGUAUUUUAUUUAUUUGCUUUCUAGUAUAUACAUAAUUUAUCAGCCAUGCCAUAAUGGGGACUGAUAAUGUAUUUUCUUAAUAGCAACAUUUCUUUCCUUAGUAUGGGAAGCCUAGGAAAAAAUGUGGCAAAGGCUAGAAGCUCUUCAGCUUGGAAUGCAUUAGUUCUUGCUCAUUCUGAUUGACUUGAUAUCUUUAUAGCAGUUUUGUCUCGUGCACUGUUGUUUUCUUUAUUAGUUCCUUAUGACUUCCUUAUGACUUAAAUAAUUGAAUAUUACAAAGUUUCUGAUCAUGUUAAUAAGGAUUUGAGAUUACAGGAAUGGCAUAAAUAAAAAUGAGACCUUUUCUGAUUUUAUUUGAUAGUUCUUGAACUAUCAAAUGCAAUAUUGUUUCUUAUCUGACAGGAAAAUUAUAGAGUAUAGUUAAAUACAUCAAAAAAAUGUUUUAGAAAGGUAGGAGAGAUGACUCUGUUAAGCCAACCUUAUUCUAAGGAUUUAUUUUUAGGCAGAUUGAUAAUAAAUGGUGCUAAUUGU